GUGCUGCAGAAGCAACGCCGCCGCCGGGCCAUCCCUACAGCGGAUUCCGGUCGCGGCAGAGCGCAGGUGGGCUCUCGGCUGCCUGGGGGCCGCCUGGAUGGAGCCGCGAGGCGGACGGGGAGAACGCUCCGCACCAGGCUGGGGCGCCGCUGCGGAGGAGGAGGAAGGGAGCGCGGCGCGGGCAGCGGCCUGUCCGGGCGCCGCUACGGCGGAGACAGCGGGCACCCCCGCGCGACCCUCCCUGUGAAGCCCGCACCCCGGACCUCGGCUCUCGGCCGCCGGCUCCAUGACCCAUGGCUGUCCGCCCCGUGUGCCUCAGCCCGGCGGCCGUCCUGGUGCUGGUCAGCUGCGACCUGUGCCUUGUGCGCGCAAAUCGGCCCCCGUCCCCCGUCAACAUAACUGUCACCCAGCUGAAGGCAAACUCCGCGACCGUCUCGUGGGAUGUCCCCGGAGGGAACGUGGUCAUCGGCUAUGCCGUCUCCCAGCAGCAGAGGCAGGACGGGCAGGUGCAGCGCUUCAUCCGGGAGGUGAACACCACGAACCGGGCCUGUGUACUCUGGGACUUGGCCGAGGAUGCCGACUACAUCAUCCAGGUGCAGAGCAUCGGUCUCCACGGGGAGAGCCACCCCAGCAAGAGAGUCCACUUCCGCACCCUGAAGCAGAGCGACCGCCUCCCAUCCAACAGCUCCAACCAGGGAGACAUCACAAUGGAGGGGCUGGACAAGGAGCGGCAGCUGCAGACCGGGGAAAUUGUCAUCAUCGUGGCUGUGCUCCUCAUGUGGGCAGCGGUCAUCGCGCUCUUCUGCAAGCAGUACGACGUCAUCAAGGACAGCGACUCCAACAACGCCCCCAAGGAGAAGAACAAGCCCUCCUCGGAGCGCAGCACGCCGGAGCGGCCGGCGGGGGAGCUGCUCCGCAGCAAGAAAUCGCCAUCUGUCAAUAUCAUUGAAGUGUAGCUGCUGCCACAGGCCAGAGCCCUUGAGGACCUGCCUGGCCAGCCGGCCUGCCUCCUCUUCCCCUGCAUGCCAAGAAUCACAGCUUCUCAACCCUGAGGGGAUCUGCAUGGAGACAGCCAGGCAGGGUGCAUGCGGAAAGGGGGCCUCCGACCUCUUGCCCCAACACUUGCAGAAAUCUGGGUCUGGGCCACAGCAAACAGCCUGCCAAAUGGCUGCAUACGGCGGUGGCAGCACCACAGCCACCCCUGUAGUCUGUCUUCUAGCAGCCUCACUUCUGUUGGCAUUGCAGGCUGAGCCUGAAGGAAAGCUGAAGGUGCAGCUUGCCCCCCGAUACACACUCGCCCCUGGCCCUCCCAGUGGCUCCGCUGUGGUGAAAACUUGAGACUGGCCCCUGGCGGGCGGCCAUCAAGAGAGGAAUGUUGGGCAGACUUUGCCAGAGCUCUUUGGGCACCUGCAGAGAAACCGGAGUGGGGGGGGAGCUCCACCACAUUGGCUCCUGAGAGGAUCCAGACCCAAGGCUUGGUGGGGGAAACACCUCCAUGCUCUUUUGUGGGGCCUGCAGAGGAAAGAAACAAUCCCUGUGGGCCUCGAAGGGCUGCCUUCACACCCCACGCUGGGUACAAGCCUCCUUCCUUGCUCUUAGCUCCACCCCCCCAGUAAAUGCAGUUCUGGUUGA